UGUCAGUGAAUCGUCACAGAUCUUUGUCAUCCUCAGAAACAGCAGUCUGUUGGCAAACCAGUGUUGUACAUCUCAUGCUCGUCACAGCUUCCUGUGUGGUGUGCAGCUUGUCACUCUGAUCAGAGGGAGAGCACACUGACAGACUCUUCUGGUGAACGGUUCUUUAACAAGGCGGCUGAAUCAAAAACAAGCAGAUCCAGUAAUUCAAAAUGUCAAACCCGGUGGUCACCCAUCAACCAGGCGCAGGCGGCUAUGGGACAAAUGUCCAAACAGGAGAGUGGAGCACCGGCCUGUGCUCCUGCUGCAGUGAUAUCUUUGUCUGUGCUCUUGGUUUUUUCUGUCCGUUUGCAUUGAGCUGCUACACGGCAAGUAAAUAUGGAGAAAACUGCUGUUUGGGUUGUUUGCCAGGAGGCAUGACAGCCAUGAGGACUCAUAUGAGACUGACCUAUGGUAUUCAGGGAACAAUAAUAAAUGACGCCUUGAUGACCUGUUGCUGCGGGCUUUUUGAGACAUGCAGGAUGGCUCGAGAAGUCCGUAUCAGGAAUGGGGAAAUUACACCAUAACAAGACAUGAAGAAUUCUAGCCCACACAGCAUUUUCCUUUUGUUGAUGAUGCCUGGAAGUUAUUUGUUUAUUCCUGUAGCAGGCCUACCUUUUAUGCAGACAGCAAAGAAAAGAAUAGCUAGUGAAUUAUGCAAUUCGUUAUAUCAAAUGUGAUUUCGCAUGUAGCACUGUAUGUACUCACGUAACCGUCGACACUUAUCUGCAUUUUUGUAAAUAAACUGCAUUUCAACUGUU